GGCGGUUAACAAUUGCAGUAUUGAAAAGAAAACAAAAGAAAACGAAAACCCCAUAAAAAUUCAAACUUUGCGCUUUGCGCAUGAAGCCAUGUCACUGCAAGCUCUGAAGGAAUCUCUGCGACGUUGCUCAACCCAAAAUCCCUCUUCCUUUUCUUCUUCUUCUUCUUCUUCAAUUUCCCAAACACUAACAGACCCCAAUUCAAUUCUUCGCGACAGCGAUUCCCUCUUCCCAAUCCCUAGAAAACCCCCUAAAUCCUCUCUCUCCCACCAGCUUCGCCGUCUUUACGAAUCCCCUCUUCAACCCCACAACCCACUUACCCAAACACACUCCAAAACCCUACAAAAACCAGAAGAAGAAGAAGAAGAAGAAGAGAUUAAGAGAAAGCAAUUCGCUUCACCCAAAUUGCCACACUUUCAAAUUGAUCACACCGGACCCUUUGAGCCUCUGCUGCUGUCUUCACAAGGACAACUUCCUGUGGUUCAGGUUCCUGCAUCUAUAAAUUGUAGACUGCUUGAGCAUCAAAGAGAGGGGGUGAAGUUUUUGUAUGGUUUGUACAAAAACAAUCAUGGAGGCAUACUUGGAGAUGACAUGGGUCUCGGAAAGACCAUUCAAGCAAUAGCAUUUCUAGCUGCCAUCUUUGGUAAAGAAGGACAUUCUACUCUAAAGGAAAACUGGGAAGUGAAAAGAGAGCCUGCAUUAAUAAUUUGCCCAACUUCUGUUAUCCACAACUGGGAGAGCGAAUUCUCUAAGUGGUCUAACUUCAGUGUUUCCAUUUAUCAUGGUGCAAACCGGGAUUUGAUACAUGAUAAAUUGAGAGCAAAUGGAGUGGAGAUACUUAUUACCAGUUUUGACACAUACAGGAUUCAUGGAAGUUCCUUGUCAGAUGUCAACUGGAAAAUUGUGAUUAUUGAUGAGGCUCAUCGACUUAAGAAUGAGAAAUCAAAACUCUAUAAAGCAUGUUUAGAAAUUAAAACCCUAAGACGUUAUGGUCUCACCGGGACUAUAAUGCAAAAUAAGAUCAUGGAAUUGUUCAAUCUCUUUGACUGGGUUGCUCCUGGAUCCCUUGGAACACGGGAACACUUUCGUGAGUUCUAUGAUGAACCACUUAAGCAAGGCCAGAGAUCAACUGCUCCUGAUAGGUUUGUCCAAAUUGCUAAUAAGAGAAAACAACACCUUGUGACAGUUCUUCAUAAAUAUAUGUUGAGAAGGACAAAGGAAGAGACCAUUGGGCAUCUUAUGAUGGGGAAGGAAGAUAACAUCGUAUUUUGUGCAAUGAGUGAUGUGCAAAAACGUGUUUACAGGAGAAUGUUACAGCUUCCUGACAUUCAAUGCCUUAUAAAUAAGAACCUGCCUUGUAGUUGUGGUAGCCCUCUUACUCAAGUUGAAUGUUGCAAGAGGAUAGUACCAGAUGGAGUUAUUUGGCCUUACCUGCAUAGAGAUAACCCUGAUGGUUGUGAUUCAUGCCCCUUUUGCCUUGUCCUUCCAUGCCUUGUCAAGCUCCAACAGAUAAGCAAUCACCUUGAGCUGAUUAAGCCAAACCCCAAAGACGACCCCGACAAACAAAGUAAAGAUGCGGAGUUUGCAGCUGCUGUGUUUGGCCCUGAUAUUGAUUUAGUGGGUGGAAACACACAAAAUGAAAGUUUCAUGGGUCUCAGUGAUGUGAAACAUUGUGGCAAAAUGCGAGCACUUGAAAAACUAUUAUUCUCAUGGUUUUCACAGGGUGACAAAGUUCUUUUGUUUAGCUAUUCCGUAAGGAUGCUGGACAUACUAGAGAAAUUUCUAAUACGAAAAGGCUACUGCUUCUCAAGACUUGAUGGGUCCACUCCGACUAAUUUACGUCAAUCUCUGGUUGAUGAUUUCAACUCAAGUCCAAGCAAACAAGUGUUCGUGAUAUCAACUCGUGCUGGUGGGCUUGGAUUGAACCUUGUCAGUGCAAACCGUGUUGUAAUAUUUGAUCCCAACUGGAACCCUGCACAAGACUUACAGGCUCAGGACAGGUCCUUUCGUUAUGGACAGAAACGGCAUGUCGUGGUGUUCCGUCUUCUUGCAGCUGGUUCUCUUGAAGAACUUGUUUACACACGUCAGGUGUACAAGCAGCAGCUCUCAAACAUUGCUGUCUCUGGAAAGAUGGAAAAACGAUAUUUUGAAGGUGUCCAGGACUGCAAGGAGUUUCAAGGAGAGCUUUUCGGGAUUUCCAAUUUAUUUCGAGAUUUAUCUGAUAAGCUAUUUACCAGUGAGAUCAUUGAAUUGCAUAAAGAACAAUGGCAUGAAACAGAACAACCGGAAAAAGUAAAUCUGUCAGAAGAAACAGGUUCAUCGGUAUCAGAGUCAGAAACCAGAUUAUGUGAUAAAUCUACAAGGGCUGAAUCAAGUAAACCAGAUCUUGAAGACCUUGGCAUUGUCUAUGCUCAUCGCAAUGAAGACAUUGUCAACUUCGGACCUGGGAUUCAAGGGAAAAUAGAUACCAGCAUCCCUUCAAAUGAUACUCUAGUCAAGCCAAGCAUCUCUUUGGACCACCAAAGAAAAAAAAGACACAAAGUUCCUUUGAUUGAUGAAAGGAAGAGAGGCCAAUAUAGGCUCCUUGCUCAGUCUAUGGGCAUGGGAGAGCUUGCUUUUAGCAAAUGGUUACUAUCAGCGACACCACUUGAGAGAGAAAAAGUGCUUCUUGACUACAAGAAGAAAAAAAAAGAUACCUAAUGGUUGAAGGGUGGUUAUUAGGGAUGGCAAAAGGUCUUCCAUGUAUUAUUACUUACAGAACCAUAACAUUUAUUUGUUGUGUAAAUUUUUGUACAUACGGAUGUAUAGUCAGAUAUUUCUUUUUCACAAAUUGAAUAUGUUAAAUUUGUGUUCCAA